CCGAAAAGGAGCUCCCCCCCUCCAGUCGACGACACCAUGACCCGCCGCCGCCGCCGCCGCGGCGCACGUCCCGCCUCGCCACCGGCGGCGCUAGAAGACGACGACCUCCUACGGAAGAUUUUCCUCCUCAUCCCGCCUCAGCCCUCCACCCUUCCCCGCGUCUCCGUCGUCUGCAAGCAGUGGCGCGACGUCGUCAGCGACCCCCAAUUCCUCCGCGGCUUCCGCGACCAACACCGGAAACCUCCCCUCCUCGGCCUCGUCAUGGGCCACACCGGGCACCCCUACUUCAGGUCCGAUCUCGACCCUCCAGACCACAUCCCGCACGAGCGCUUCUUCCCUCGAGACAUCCGCAGCAUGAACAUGGACAUAUUCGACUGCCGCCAUGGGCGCGUCGUCUUCUUCGCCCAACGGCUGGGCGAGGUCGUGCUGUUUGACCCCGCCACGGGAGGCCGCCGUUGUGUGGUCGUUCCACCAGUGUUUACCGGAAAGGAGAUUGGCGUCUUCAACGCCGCCGUGAUUUGCGUUGCCGGCGACGAAGGCCACGUGCACGGCGAUUGCCACGCCAGUCCAUUUCAGGUGGUCUUGAUGGGCAUCAGUGACGACUAUAAACAAGCUUUCGCCUCUGUCUACUCAUCCGAGUCUGGCAUAUGGGGCGAUAUCAUCUCAAUAGAGAAUCGUGAGAUGUAUGAUUUGAAGCAACCCAGUACACUUAUCGGAAAUGCCCUUUACUGGUUGUUUCCUGGAGAUGAUGGGGAAGGCAUACUGGAGUUUGAUUUGGGUAGGCAGAGCCUAGCCAAUAUCGAGAUGCCGCAAGGUCUGGUGUACUAUAGUCCUCGUAGCCUUCAGGUCAUGGUAGCAGACGGUGGCUGUGUCGGCCUCGCCAUUCUGUCAUGCUAUAGAUUCGAAAUGUGGGAGCGGAAGGUCAGUUGUGAUGAUGGUGUUGCUGGAUGGGUGUUGCAGAAGACCGUUCAACUGAACACGAUCCUUGGAUUGGGGCCUAUGGGGGGACUGGACAAUUUACUAAUGGGAUAUGAUGAAGUUGAUCAUGUGAUUUAUAUAAGGACGGACAUCAGUUUCUGCAUGAUUCGACUUGAGUCAAUGCAGUUCUGGAAUCUCGGCAAAGACAAUUUCAGCAAUACUUCCUAUCUUCCCUACAGAAGUUUCUAUACUGCAGUGAGUGACUUGGCGGUAUGCGAGAGGAGGACUGGUGACGUCUUUGCACCUCUUGCAAAUGAUUACCUCCUUGCUUCAUGGGGUGUAGGAGCAGCAGGAGGUAACGAAGCAGCUACCUCGAGUGAAACCUUACCGGAAGGAGGUUCGUGUGUGCCAAUUUCAUUGCCAAGAUUCCAAGCGGGGAUUUGGAACGAGUGGAUAUUGUGGGUUUGUCUGACUUGGGCCUUGACUCUUUCAUUCUCUUCUUGCCCUGCAGGGACAUUCGGCAAGUCAAAGCACACAGAUCAAGGAAAGGAUGCAGACCUUGUGCCUAGCCGGGUGCUAAAACAAACUCGAAUUGACGUGAUAUUCAAGAAGGAGACAGAGACAAGAUCCAAGCUUAGCAAAGCCUGGGCAAAAUGGUUUCGGAGCAAUGGCGUUCCUGCAUAUAAAGCAGACUGCCCACACUUCCGUAGUGCCUUGAAGCUAACACAACAACUAGGUACCCGCCUCGUUGCUCCUACAGGCAACGAAAUAGACGGUGCAAAUCUGGACGCCAGUGAUGAAGAACUACCAUAAGUAUGUAAGGUGAACUGCUUGAGGAUAUGGGAGGGCUAACUACUUUAUAUCAUGUUUGGACAAACGGCUUGUGACUUUGAACUGAUGAUCCAUGCUUUUGUUUCUGUAAGUUGGGUGUAGGGCUAAUUGAGUACUGCCUCAUGAAGUGUACCGAAUCCUUUUGACCCUUGUUCCUCACGAAGAUGCGAGCUUGUUUCUGUUAUUUUCUUUGCUAAGUUGACUAGAUUUGUAAUAAGAUCCUUGUCUAUUAUGCUAUGAGUGUCCUCUCCUCUUCCUCUAAA